CGGAAAGAUAAAUAAAGCAUCAGACUCCGCCGCCGCCGCCAUCUCACUCGCUCGCUACCUCCUCCUCUCCUCUUCCUCCCAGCUAGCGGCCGCCGUCCGCCACCGACUCCGACCACCUGAUACAUUUUAUUGAGGUGAGAUGGCGGUUGUUCUGUCCAAUGUUAAUACUGAGGCAGGCCUGAAGAAGCUUGACGAGUACCUGCUCACUCGCAGUUACAUCAGUGGGUACCUUGCUUCAAAAGAUGACAUGGCUGUGUACACUGCACUUUCAUGUGCUCCCAAGUCAAGCUAUGUCAACGCCACAAGGUGGUACGAUCAUAUCAGUGCUCUCCUAAGGUCCAGUGGAGUGACUGCAGAGGGCGAAGGUGUCAAGGUUGAGUCAUCUGCUUCUUUUGUGGCAUCAACUCCUGAAGUUGCUGACAAAAAGGCAGAAGCGGUUGAAGAAGAUGAUGACUCUGAUGUUGAUCUAUUUGGCGAGGAGACUGAAGAGGACAAGAAAGCAGCAGAAGAACGUGCGGCAGCUGCCAAGGCUUCUACCAAGAAGAAAGAAUCUGGGAAGUCAUCAGUUCUGCUAGAUGUGAAGCCAUGGGAUGAUGAAACCGACAUGAAAAAGCUUGAGGAAACCGUUAGGAGUGUGAAGAUGGACGGCCUCUUAUGGGGUGCUUCCAAACUUGUUUCAGUUGGCUAUGGCAUCAAGAAGCUGCAAAUUAUGAUGACCAUUGUGGAUGACCUUGUUUCUGUUGACAAUCUCAUUGAGGACCAUUUUGACGUUGAGCCAGCCAAUGAGUACAUUCAGAGCUGCGAUAUUGUGGCUUUCAACAAAAUUUAAAAUUGAGUUGUGCAUGGAACGAAGUUGAAGGGAAGACAUUACUAUAAUAACUAUCUGCAAGUUUUCUCUACCGAUUUUCCAAUGUUCAUCAUAUGAUGGUAGCUUUACCGAUAUUUCCAAUGUUCAUCAGAUUUAUUGUCACAUAUAUUGUCUUCAGAUGUGGAACUUGACUGCAUUUGCUAUUUCGAAGACAAUUUUUUCCAUUGCAUA